AUGUCUCGUUCCAAACAGCUGCUUAAUACAAUUGACAAAAACUUUGGCACCUUGGCCUUUUGUCGUCGCUGGCUCGAUCGACUCGGAGAGACAAAAUAUCUAAUGGCAUUGCGCAAUCUCUGCGAUGUUGGCAUUGUUGAGGCCUACCCGCCUCUCUGUGACAUCAAAGGUUGUUAUACAGCUCAGUUUGAACACACUGUUCUUCUAAGGCCAACUUGCAAGGAGGUCGUUAGCCGUGGCACAGACUACUAA